AUGCGCAUCUCUCUCUCCUAUUCUCUCUCUGUUUUGUGUAGUAUGUCCUUCCAAGACUCUUUCUUUUAGUCCAGCUCAGAGCCAACACCACACAACUGCAUAGCCACAAAGACUCUCUCUUUCUCUUCUCUGCUCUUCUCUUGUAGCACAAAAAAGGGAUCUUUUUGCACAAAUUUUGUUGGAAACACUCUUCAGUCCAUACCCUUUUCUCAAUUCUCAACGCAUAGUUAGUUUUUGUUAUCUGGGCUCUGAAUCUUUUUUCAUUUUUUCUUUUGAGAAUGGAUUGUUGGUCUUCUUCUCUCCCUAAUGACGACGAGUUUGAGAAGCUUAUGAGGAGAAUUAAUCCUCCUAGGGUUACAGUGGAUAAUGAUUCAAGCAGGGAAUCCACUCUAAUUACGGUUGACAGUGCAAAUAGGCGUGGGAGUUUGCUUGAAGUGGUUCAGGUUUUGACUGAUUUAAACCUCAUUAUAAGACGAGCUUACAUUUCUUCUGAUGGGGAAUGGUUUAUGGAUGUAUUUCACGUCACUGAUCAACAUGGGAGUAAACUAUCUGAAGAUGAUGUGGCUGAACGGAUUCAACAGUCUUUGGGUCCAAGAGGACGGAGUUUUCGGUCCUUACGAAGGUCAGUUGGUGUUCAAGCUGCUGGAGAAAACACUACAAUUGAGUUAACUGGCAGAGACAGGCCAGGAUUGCUUUCAGAGGUUUUUGCUGUUCUUUCAGACCUUAAAUGUAAUGUAGUUGCUGCAGAAGUCUGGACUCAUAAUUCAAGAAUGGCAUCGGUUGUUUUCAUUACGGACGAGUCAACUGGAUUACCCAUUAACGAUGCUGAUCGUCUUGCCAAUAUCAAACAGCUUCUUCUUUAUGUUCUAAAGGGGGAUAGAGACAAGCGCAGUGCCAAUACUGCUGUGUCUGUGGGUUCUACACACAAGGAAAGGAGGCUGCAUCAGAUGAUGUACGCCGACCGUGAUUAUGAUGUUGAUGAUACAGAUUGUGGUGUGACAAGCAGUGGCCGGAGAAAGGCCCUUGUAACUGUGGAGAAUUGCGCCGACAAGGGAUACACCGUUGUGAACUUGAGGUGUUCAGACCGUCCUAAGCUGCUUUUUGAUGCUGUAUGUACCUUAACAGAUAUGCAAUAUGUGGUCUACCAUGCCACUGUUAUUGCUGAAGGACCGGAAGCUUGUCAGGAGUAUUACAUAAGGCACAUGGAUGGCUGCCCUAUUAGUUCCGAAGCAGAGAGGCAGAGAGUGAUCAGUUGCUUGGAAGCUGCUAUUCGAAGGCGAACUUCUGAGGGCAUAAGACUAGAGCUUUGUGGGGAUGACAGAUCCGGCCUACUUUCUGAUGUGACUCGAAUAUUUAGAGAGAAUGGCCUUUCGGUGACUAGAGCCGAGGUUACAACCAGGGGAUCCCAAGCAGUGAAUGUUUUUUAUGUGACUGAUGCAUCUGGAAACCCAGUGAGAAGUGAGACAAUUGAGGCAGUUAGGAACGAGAUUGGCUUGACAAUACUUCGCGUAAAAGAAGAAGAGUUGUUAUCUAAGUCCCCACCACAGGAGAGUGGGAGAUUCUCCUUAGGUAAUCUCUUUAGGUCCAGCUCCGAGAAGUUCCUUUACAACUUGGGUUUGAUAAAGUCAUACUCUUAGAAAGGUUGUGUAGUUCAGAGCCUCUCAUCUCACUUGUGAAUGGUAUCCCCACUCAGGUCACACCGGCACUUAGUUCCUUUCUCUAAGCCAUGCCUUGUAAAUAUUAGAAUACCCUGGCUAUAGUUUAGCCAUGAAUUGUGGUCUAAGACAGUGAUAAAAAUCUUCACUUUGAAAUCACAUCUCAUGCUGUACAGUUUCAUAGUUCAUGUAUAUGUGUUUUGUGAUAGACACUCCUGUAAAUAUGCAAGUCACCUUUUUUUUUUUAA